CAUACUAACCCUUUGGUUGACACUUGAUAGACUCCGAUCCACCAAAGUCUUGUUGCGGUGAGAAGAGGGAAAGGGAAGUUUAAUGGCGGACGGUGAGGCAUCUAAAGGAGGAGAAGUGAAGCACAUUGUGCUGGGCAAGUUCAAAGAUGGGAUCCCCCAAGAAGAGAUCGAUCAGCUUAUCAAACAAUACGCUAAUCUCGUCAAUCUCAUCCAACCCAUGAAGUCUUUCCGCUGGGGUAAAGAUGUAAGCAUAGAGAACCUUCACCAAGGCUUCACUCAUGUGUUUGAAUCGAGUUUCGAGAGCUGUGAAGGUGUUGCUGAGUACAUUGCUCACCCCGAUCAUGUUGAGUACGCGAACAAACUCCUUCCGCAAUUGGAGAAAGUUCUCAUCAUUGACUACAAGCCUGCACCAGUCCAGCUCUGAGUUGAGUAAUUUGCAGAAAGAGAAUAUGAGGUUUGCUUGCUCUCAUCAGCUAUGAAGCUUGGAAUUCUUGAAACACUUUUGUUUUGAGUUCAAUGGUGACUGUGUUUUGCAUUAGUGUAAUAUCUGUAUGGAUUCUGGCUCUAUUACUCUUUUAAUAAUUUGAUGGGCUUUAUUUGUCCUAGUUAUUCAACCGGCAAAAUUCUCGAA